AAGUGUGUUGUUACAGCUUCCGAGCAGCACGUGAAGGCAUCGUGUGUCUGCUGCUGGAAACAGGGAGAGAGGAAGUGUCGCUAUUGCGACAUCGUUGCCACGUCUGUCAGGAUCCUCUGCAGCAGCAGCGGCGUGUCUGAGCACCGGGAUGGGCCGGUGCUGGGCGGUGAUGUGGGGAUGACAGGAAGAGGUAGGGGUAACCGUGGAAACAGAAGAGAGGAAGGAAAUAGGAAACACGUAGCCACAAAAGCACAGCAGUCCUUGACUUAAAAAAAAGCCUGUACGCAUCUCCAGCUUGAAGGAGCGGCCGCUGUUUCCUGAGGAUCCCGCCUAUUGUUCAGACCACAGGGGCUUGUUUCUGCGGUUUUCUGGGUUCAGGAGGCUGGGGUCACUCAUGCUAAACUCAGGGGGAAUGGACGAAUUCGUGACCGAAGAGGAAGAGCCGUGGUACGACCAGCAGGACCUGGAGCAGGACCUCCACUUGGCGGCUGAGCUGGGGAAGACUCUGCUGGAGAGAAACAAGGAGCUGGAGGACUCCUUGCAGCAGAUGUACAUCACUAAUGAAGAGCAAGUGCAAGAGAUUGAGUACCUGUCGAAGCAGCUGGAGGUCCUCCGGGACAUGAAUGAGCAGCAUGCCAAAGUGUACGAACAGCUGGAUGGGACUGCCAGAGAGCUUGAACACACCAAUCACGCACUGGUGACAGACAGCAAGUCCUCGCAGGAAAAGAUAGAGAGGUUAACAGGGACCAUUGAGGCUUUGCAGAACCAGGUGGAAACUCUGUCAGGGCAAGUGGAGCAGCUUCGCUCCAUGGAGCAGCUCAGAGUCAGGAGGGAGAAGAGGGAACGACGCAAGACCAUCCAUUCAUUCCCUUGCUUGAGGGAGCUUUGCACAGCACCCAGAUAUGAGGAUGAGUUUGUAGUGGGCAGAGCUGAGAGCUUUACUGUGGAUACAAAGCGUCAACCAUGUGAAGAAGAGAGCCAGCAUUUAAGGGAGGCGGUGUCGGCCUUGCGAGCUGCUGUCCGGACGGAGAGGGGGCGCAGGGAAGGGGUGGAGAGGGAGUGCAAUGUGCUACUUGCAGAGUUCUCCCGGCUGCAGACACGGGUGCAGGAUGCUGAGAGCUGUCAGGUGAGAGUACGGGAGCUGGAGGUGGAGCUACAGGAGCUGCAGCAGCUACGUCGUGCUCGGACAUUACUGCUGAGCAGCGAGGAUGAUGGUGUGACUCUCACCCAGACUGUCCUUAAUAGCACCCCAGAGACUGACACCUUUCUGGAAGUGGAGAUCAGUGAGACGGGAGGAGGUGUAAGGGAAGGGCCUGAAGGUGGAGUAGGUGUUGGAGGCGAGGCAUUACCUGAGUCCGGCCCCGUGAGGAAAAGCUGCAGUGACACAGCGCUCAAUGCCAUUGUUGCCUGUGAUGCAUCCGGCAGCAGGAGAGGGAGCUACGCUCUCCAUGCCAACAGUGUGAGGAAGAGAGGGAUGUCCAUUCUCAGGGAGGUGGAUGAACAGUACCACGCCUUACUGGAGAAAUAUGAGGAGCUGUUAGGGAAGUGUAGGCGCCACGAGGAGAGCCUUUGUCAUGUCGAGGUCCAAACUUCCAGACCUGUCUCCCGAGACCCAUCCAUGAAAGACUGUGCCAUGGGCCCCACCCCGGCACCUCCCCCUACCCCUACCCAAUCACCCUCUACUCCUGAGGCCAUCGAGAGCAUCAGCAAGCAGGUGGAGGCAGUGGAUAAGCGGCUGGGACAGAAUACUCCAGAGUACAAAGCCCUUUUUAAGGAGAUCUUCUCACGUAUCCAGAAGACCAAGAUGGACAUCAAAGCUACCAAAGCUGCUAAAGCUAGCAAAUCGGGGAAAUCUGGCAAAUCUAGUAAACACUAAUGGCAUGCUGUCAGGUCUGGAGAGGAUGAGUUCUUUUCAGUGUAUAGUGCUCAAGUAUGUCAAGAGGGGUUUGGUGUAAACAUUCUUACAGUGUGUGUCUCAAAAACUGAUGUAGAGUUCAGUUGAUGUGAAAUCAGACCACACUGUUCACAAGAAUCAGAUUAGCAUGAGGUUAAUUUUAAAACUUUGGGGAAUUCAUUCACAUAUGCAAAACCUAAAUGAAUUAACUAAAAACUAGUUUGAGUUUAGUCCCCUCAUAUUCUUUUAUUCAGUGUUCCUACUAUACCUGUAUGUACUUGCUUCACUGCCUUAUUACCGUAGGCAUAUACCACAGUAACACUUCAAGAGCAGUUUGCCUCUUAUGAGCCCCAAGUGCACUAAAUAUUAAAGCUUCACUAGAAAAUUUCAUCUCAGACAAGAACAUGAGUGCAAUCUAAUACUAACUUGAAUUGUAUCUCUGAAGUUUAUUAUAAGGGACACUACAAACUUUGUAUAACUGCAUUUAAGAAAGACAGAUGGAUACUCUCCUGUCAUGUUGUCAAGAAUAAACUUAAGGUGCUACUAAUUCUCCUACCAUUACAACAUACAAAUUAACACUGUUCAACAUUUUCAUUAAGCCUUUAGUCUGAAUGACAUUCCUAUUAUCUUUCACCAUAAUCUGUGUGUGACUUUACCUUUUACUUUUUUUUAAAGUUUGCUGUGCCUCACCUUUUUAUUGAGAGAUUUUGAGGACUAGUUUGACAUUUUGGGAAACAUUUGCUUUCUUUCUGAGGGUUUGGAGAAAAGACAAACAGGCUGAACACUGUCAUGUGGGCAUGGAGGAUGUGGCUACACCUAUCUUAGCAUAAACACUGAAAACAAGGGAAAAGCUAGUCUAAUAUUGUCGAUAACGAAUAGAUCUAUAUCUGGCCCGAGAGCAGAAGUCAUAAAUUGUGGUUGUUACACUUUUUUUUUUUUAACAGAUUAACUCAAUGACAUAUAACUUGUUAAAUGGUCAUAUUUACAGGCGGUGAUGGGUGGACAUUGUCAGCUUUGGACAAAGCCUGUUUUCAGUCUAGAUGUAUAUUUACCACAGAAACAUGAGAAUAUCUGCAUGGUAACUAUGAAGCUGUCAGCAGUUGGCUUUCCUAGCUUAGCAUAAAAACUGCAAACAAGGAUGCAGCUCUUCCCAAAAAGUGCCGGUGACUGACAAACUUUGGUUUUUAUGGGGGUAUGUACAAGACUGUUUUUGGCCAGGAGCAGGUAGGCAUUAGUUGGUGGAUUUUAUUACCUUUGGACAGAGCUAGGCUAGCCACUUCCCUUUGCCCUCAGUCCUUAUGUUGGUGUUACGCUAAGCCAACCAGCCUGUCUGUAGCUUCAUAUUUACUGUAGGAAGAGUGGUAUCACUCUAUUGGUGGCAUAAAAGCACAUGUGUAGGCUAUUUCCCAAAAUGUUGGAUUUAUGUUGUUGAUAACAACAUAAAAAAUGGACACUAACUAAAACAUCAGGAAAGGAACCCAGAAUAGAAACGUGUUUCAAAAAUUCAAAAUUAAAAACAUUCUUCCUUCACUGUGUUAAUGCAGCUCGCUUAUGAAUACUGAAGUGCAUUUUCAUUUGCACUACAAUGCCCUAUUAAGCCAAUAAGUUAAAAUAAACAAUGGUUAUUUAUUUCUCCACAGUAUAUAAUCAAAGCUUAUUUUAGAUAGUUAGUGUUAGAGAGGUAAAGAGUUAGAGAGCUUUGAAUAUCUUGGAGUAAUGUUUCCACUAAAUGCUGAUAAGCUGUUGUCUUAGAGAAACGUAGCAAACGGCAUUCUCUCCAGAUUGCUGUUUUCACCAUUUCCUGGACAUUAUGUACCCUCAUCAUAUCGAAUAUAAAAAUCCUGAUAGUAGAAAGCAGGGUUUCUGAAGUAAGAGGGAAUGUUUUUGCACCAUAUUCAAAAUAAGCAAUUUUUGGUUGUUGGGAAACAGUUUUGUUUCUACAUCUCAUAGACCAAGCAAUGAAAAACGGAAAAAGCAUGAAAGAUGUAUUACUUUCAGUUGUCAUUAGUAAAAAAAAAAGGCCACUGGUUGGGGAAAAAAGCAAAGCAAAACAAAAACAGGAAGUUGGGUUCUUAAAAAAAGAUCAGGUCGUCAAAACACAUAUUACAAUAAUGAAUACUAUAUACUUUUGAACCUUUUUAUAUAAACAUUGAGACUUUUUUCUUUAAUUAUACAGUACAUGGACAGACAGAUUAUAGAACUGUAACCAGUAUGAGGGUUUGUCUAACAAACCAAACUAUAAUACUAACCUGCAAAUAUAUUGCACCUUUUCCCC